GGCGCAUGAGGCCUUUGGGUCCUGCUAGAAAAACCCAUGGAGCCUGACGUGAUCCCCUUGCCCUCCUACUCCCCCCCUCCUCUGGAUGGAGGAUCGGAGGAGGAGGAGUUUGGGGAUUUCUCUACAGGGGGGGUUUGCGCGACAAUCGUUCACGCCGGCCAAACAGAACCGACUUCCUUUUUCAGACAGACCUCUCCCAUGGAAAAGCCAUCCACCGCUCUGCCUAACCCUGCUGAAGAAACGCACCACCCUCCCUCUGAGGAGUCCAGGAACCACGACUCUGAAUCUAAUUUACAUACUGGAGAAGAUCGUCUCUCUGAGACCUUUGGUAGCUCUAUAGCGAGCUCUUCUUUGGGGGAAACGGGCUUCGCUGAUUUUACUUUCUUCACGGAGCAGGUGGGACACCCCUGGUGUUGCGGCUUCACAGAGGAGUGGGAUGGAAAAGUGGAAGAGCAGGACUGCGAUUCGAGUCGGGAAGUUAUUACGGAGCCUAGAUCUCAGCAUGUACCCAAGGCAAACAGAGGGGUCCGCGUUGAGAGGAAGCACUGUGACAGAAAUGCAGCAGUUCAAAACCACCGUCAGUCUCAGGAAGAUGAAGCAAAUAUACGGGCCCCCUGCCAUGACGGCCCGUCGUUGGAGGGGGACUCAGCAGACCUGGAGCCAAAUGUUUUAUCCCUCACGUCUCAAAAUGGCCAGACUGAUGAUGAGACGGAAGUAGUGGAGGUCUGUCUCAUCAACAGCAGCACGGCAAAGACGGACGCUCCUCACUGCAAUGCGACUCAGGGAACCUCUGCUACCUCCUGCCAGCAACACUCUGGUACUCACUCUCAAGACAAGUGUGCAGACUCUGCAGACGUUAACAUGGAGCGUCACAGGGAACCUGUUGAGACAGCCGAUACAGGAGUGCGGAGUCUGGGAAGCCUUCCUCCAAGUGACAGCUUUGCAGAUUUCUGCUCAGCCCCUGGGCGGGACGAUGAAGAGGGGCCGUCGUGGGCAAACUUUACCGAGGAGAUGUGGACACAGCUUAGAGAGCCAGAGGAGGAGUCGGAACAGGACGGUGAAACAAGAAUGGAGAGAUGUCAGGCUUCAGCAUCCUGCAGUCUCCAGCGGCUCCUCCGCUCCAGUUUCCCAGAGGUAUUUGUCCCGGUUGUGGAAGCUGAGGAGGACCUGCCUAACCUUGGUGCUUUGCUUCACGUCCAGCACUGUGCAGAGACGGAGGAGGGGACGCCAGAACUCCGCCCAUCUCUGAGGAUUCAGCAGUUGAUGUUAAAUCCACAUGAGGACAUCCACGCCUCACUCAGCCUCCAGUUUAAGUGGGGGGGUUCCCACAGUAACAUGACUCUGCUCAGGUGCCUUGGCGUGGACCCUCGGAACAUUGUGAGUUUGCAUCAGGAAGGUUUGUAUUCAGAUCCAGCCGAGCCGAUGGGAGUUAAUGAGGACGUUCUGUUUUUGUUGUGAAAGGUUUUUAUCGGU